AUGUCUAGCUCACGAUGGUACGCUUUGCGUGUUGGCUUAUUUGCUUCAAUAGGCACAUUUCUCUAUGGGUUUGACACUGGCAUCGCUACAACAACCAUCGCUCAUCAAAGCUGGAUCGACUACAUGCACCAUCCGACGCAUGCUCUGACUGGUGCGGUCGUCGCAAUUUACAUCGCAGGAGAAGCAGUUGGUGCGCUGACACAGACUGUCAUCGGUGACCGCCUGGGACGGAUUCGAUUUAUGCAACUGAUGUGUACAAUCGUGACGGUGGGAGCAGCGAUACAGACAGCGUCUAUCAACAUUGGAAUGUUUCUAGUAGGGCGUGCUCUAGCUGGAAUAGCCGUCGGAGGAAUGCUUUGCGGGGUACCAAUCUACCUUAGCGAAAUUUCGCCUCCUAAACAUCGUGGCCUAAUCGGAAGCGUUUCCGGCCUUGGUGUUUCUUUUGGGACAAUGACAUCCAACUGGGUUGGGUUGGCAUGUAGCUAUGCGUCGUAUGGGCCAAAACAAUGGCGUCUACCGCUGGGCCUACAAAUUCCCUGGGGCGUCAUCCUUUUCAUUGGCCUCGCGACAUUUAUGCCCAACUCCCCGCGUCACUUGGUGCGGCAGGGUAAGAUCGCAGAAGCUCAUCACGCUUUCAUGAAACUGCAUGACGAUCUCACCCGUGAUCAAGCCGAGGAAGAGUUCAAUCUCAUGCGUCGUCAGAUUGACUAUGAGAUGAGUCGUGAGAUAACUUCACUUAGGGAGGUCUUUAUCCGGUUCAGACAUCGAGCACUUAUCGCGAUUUCUGUCCAAACCAUGACAAGUCUUACCGGCGUCAAUGUUAUCCAGGUAAAUUCCCCAGCUCCGUCCCGAGACCAACAAAUUCAAUGGCUAAUCACAAUCCUUUUUCGCGGUCUUGGUAUAAGUGACAAAAACGUGCUUGUUUUGGUUGGAGCGUACGGUGCAAUUGCUUUCAUUGUAAAUGCAAUCAGUGCUGUGCUUCUCACUGAUCGCUGGGGCCGUCGCAAGAUGCUUCUCACUGGAAUGGCAGUUAUUGUCCUCGUUGAGAUCUACACUGCUAUCAUGCAAGAUCAAUUUCAAGCCACGGACAAUAGUGUCGGCAAAGCCUUUGCUGUACUGGGUAUAUUCUUAUUUAUCAUUGGAUUCUAUGGCUUAUUGAUAAGCACUUCUUAUGUCUAUGCGGCUGAAGUGCUUCCUAUUGCAUUGCGUUCCAGAGUCAUGGGGCUGGCGAUUGCCUCCCAUUUCAUUGUCAAUGUUGCCAUCACCGAGGCCGGUCCCACCGCGUUUGCCACUAUCAAACAGAACUACUACUAUGUUUUCGUUGCAUGCACUACAUUUUUCUUCGUGGUGGCAUAUUUCUACUUUCCUGAGACUACACAGAAAUCACUGGAAGAGAUUGCCGCUGCCUUCGGCGACAGAGUGGUCCCUGCAGAUGAUAACAAGCCCUCCGAUAAAGUGACUGCAGAGCAGGAUAAAGGAGAUGUUAUGCAUAUUGAAAUGCGCUAA